ACAGUCCGCCACACGAGAUUCCGAUCAGCGAGUGGACGCGUCUUCCGAUUCCUCCCAGCACCGUAUCUAUCAGGGUUACGGAGUAGUCGCAGUGCUUCGACAGUGUUGUUGCUCUGUUCUCCUGGCCGUCGGCGAUGCCCCAGAGCGAGCACCCAGCGUCCAGACUUCUGCCGGCGAGGUGGUACAAAACGUCUGGCGAUGAUUUAUUUCCAAACGCUUCCUUUUCCUUUUCCAUGAGGGUCCAACGAGGCCACGCCUGCCCCUGCAGCGGAGCGAGGUUAGGGCCAGGGGUUGUGCUGGACCCGACGAAUCAGACGUCAGGAGUGAAAUGCCCAAGUGAAUGCUACCCCUGGGCGCCCUUAGCAUAUCCGUCUUUUGCUUAGCCCCUUUGGUGUGCCGUCCACCGUCCACCGUCGAACGGCCAGGGCCAUCUCCAACCCUUGCACCCCAGACUCAGGGCACGCCGCUGCUGCUCCCUCUCGCUGCCCACGCUCCCAGACGGGUGCCACUCCAGCUCCUUUCACCAGCCUGCUGCAAGUGUUGCAACCUUUGCAUCGUCCGCUCCCUUACCGGUCCCUCUCCCCUCGGCCACCCACGAGACGCUUGCCGCCGCCUGUUGAAUUGUAUGCACCGCUGUGCUGCGCUGCUCGACAUCUCUUCACGACCCUUCCCCCCUCGGACCUCUUCGAUAGAGCCCUUCCACCGCUCCCCCUGUGUAAUAUUGUCGGUGCGGGAUUGCUGUCUCAACCUGCGGCGACUUCCAGAGUCAGUGUUGCAGAACAUCUGUUUUUGCUUCGACCCCCUUGGCUCGACGCCCUUCGACGCGCCACGACAUCUCCUUUCGUUUGCGCGUCUUCUCCCCUCGGUGCUUCCAUUGACUUGGCUCGUCGUUUCGCUCUCUUGCCUAUCCUUCUCAGCGCCGGCGUAAAACCAUAACAGGUGUACCCACCUUUCUCGACUCUCGCAAUUGACGUCUUUCUCGCUUGGACGGCUUGCUGGCGAUAAGGGACCCUCCAGUUUCGUCAUGAGGACACAUUUGG